AUGUCGUUCCUCGGCGGAGCAGAAUGCUCGACGGCAGGCAACCCUCUGAGCCAGUUCACAAAGCAUGUUCAAGAUGACAAGUCGCUACAGAGGGACCGCCUAGUAGGCAGAGGUCCCGGUGGUAUGGAAAGCAUGCGAAGCCAGAUGGGAGCCCCACAAGAUGCUAUGAUGGAAGAGUUCAUGCAACAACCCGCACACCUAGGUCCAAGUUUCCAAGACUCCCCGUUCGCCAUGGAGCAGAUGCGCCGUGAGCUCGACCAAGCUGCAUCCCCCGCACCUGCCCACUGGGCCGCCGAGUUCGAGCCGCAAAUGUCCGACCAGGCUGGCCCUGCAUUCGCCCACCAGAACAAUGGUGGUUUCAACCCCCAAGACUUUGCUCGUUUCCAGCAAAAUUCCGCCGCGAGGACGGCGAGUCCGCUCAACAAUGUCCAGCAAACUCCCAUGGCUAGAUAUCAGUCGCCUAUGCAGUAUGGCGGCAUGUACGGCAACGGUAUGGGUAUGAGGAUGGGCAUGGGAGGUAUGGGAAUGGGUGGCAUGGGCAUGAGUGGCAUGCAGACACCGCAAGAUCAGCAACAACAAUCCAAGGGCAAAGAGCGCAUGGUCGAGCUAGAUGACAAGGACUGGGAAGCUCAGUUUGCCGAGUUGGACACUACACAAGAGCAACAGAACGACCAACUUGAUGCAGAAGCAAAUGCGGCCAUGGAGGCAGAGCUGAACGCCAUGGACAGGUCAGUUGAUCAAGAACACUCCGAAACGCUGUUUGGCGAUUUCGAGUCGGUAUGGCAGGGUAUCCAAGCUGAGACGACUCAAAACAGAGACUUUGUCACCCACGAGACCUUCGGCGACGCGGACGACCGCUUCGAUCAGUGGGAUGGCUUCGACGGCCUCAACACUCACCGCGACCCCUCGCUGGGCGACUACAUGUUCGAGGACGACAACCCCUUUACCGAACUCGCCAACCCCUACGAUGAAGGCAUGAAGAUCAUGCGCGAAGGCGGCAACCUCUCACUCGCCGCUCUGGCCUUCGAAGCCGCCGUGCAGAAAGACGCAGACCACAUGGGUGCUUGGACAGCCCUGGGCCAAGCCCAAGCACAGAAUGAAAAGGAAUCACCAGCCAUUCGCGCUUUAGAGCAUGCUCUCAAACUCGACCCCAACAAUCUAGAAGCUCUGAUGGGCCUGGCCGUGUCAUACACAAACGAAGGCUACGACAGUACCGCCUACAGGACCCUCGAACGCUGGGUGGCCACAAAAUAUCCUUCCCUCAUCAAUGGUCCUCUCUCCUCCCAGGAUGACGAGAUCGGCUUUACCGAUCGUCAUGCUUUGCACGAGAAGGUGACAGACCUGUUCAUACAAGCCGCACAACUAUCGCCGGACGGGGAGCAGAUGGAUCCUGACGUUCAAGUCGGUCUUGGUGUCCUCUUCUAUGGCGCAGAAGAAUACGACAAGGCAGUCGACUGCUUUGGUGCCGCUCUGGCCUCGACAGAAGAAGGCAGCACAAACCGACAAGAAGAGCUGCAUCUCUUGUGGAACCGUCUCGGUGCCACGCUCGCAAAUUCCGGCAGAUCUGAAGAGGCCAUCGAUGCAUAUUCUCGUGCUUUGGAGAUGCGACCCAACUUCGUCAGAGCGCGCUACAACCUAGGAGUUUCAUGUAUAAACAUCGGUUGCUACGAAGAAGCCGCUCAACACCUCCUAGGCGCAUUGGCAAUGCACCGCAUCACGGAAAAAGAAGGUCUUGAAAAGGCAAGGGAGGUGGUCGGUGACACUAACAUGACAGAUGCCAAGCUGGAAGCCAUGAUUACUCAAAACCAGAGCACGAAUCUCUACGACACUUUGAGAAGAGUGUUUGCACAGAUGGAGCGUAGAGACUUGCAAGAGCUCGUCGGCCCUGGCAUGAAUCUCGAGGAAAUGAGGCAGCAUUUCGAGUUCUAG